GAGAGGAAGCCCACCGUGGAUGCAGAGGAGGCUCAGAGGAUGACAACCCUGCUGUCUGCCAUGUCUGAGGAGCAGCUGUCCCGCUACGAAGUGUGUCGCCGGUCAGCUUUCCCGAGAGCACGCAUUGCGGGUCUGAUGCGGGCUAUCACUGGCAGUUCGGUGUCUGAGAACGCGGCCAUUGCCAUGGCUGGAAUAGCCAAGGUCUUUGUCGGAGAGGUGGUGGAAGAGGCCCUGGACGUGUGUGAGAUGUGGGGAGAGACGCCCCCGCUGCAGCCCAAGCAUUUAAGGGAGGCCGUUCGCAGGGAGAGGAAGCCCACCGUGGAUGCAGAGGAGGCUCAGAGGAUGACAACCCUGCUGUCUGCCAUGUCUGAGGAGCAGCUGUCCCGCUACGAAGUGUGUCGCCGGUCAGCUUUCCCGAGAGCACGCAUUGCGGGUCUGAUGCGGGCUAUCACUGGCAGUUCGGUGUCUGAGAACGCGGCCAUUGCCAUGGCUGGAAUAGCCAAGGUCUUUGUCGGAGAGGUGGUGGAAGAGGCCCUGGACGUGUGUGAGAUGUGGGGAGAGACGCCCCCGCUGCAGCCCAAGCAUUUAAGGGAGGCCGUUCGCAGG